AUGAACAAGAUCCUUUCAACCACUCUUUGCUUUGGACUCCUAACUUUGUUAUCUGUAACGAUCUUUUUAGAAUUGGUACAUGGACUGCCAUAUUUUAUCCAAGGAAAUGACUUGUUUCCCAAUAAAGAAGACACAAAUCGUGAAGAACUAUUGCUGGCUCUACUGAAUAAAAUUUUUGAUUUUCAAAGACCUUCCAACAUUGAUGUGGAACUGGCUAACAAGUUGGAAGAAGUUAACCAGCUGGAAAAGAUAAAAGAGCAGCUCAUGUAGGCAAAGGGUGUUGAGCUGUCCUAUGCUAUAGACGGUCUAUCUCCUUCGCAUCCUAAUAAGCGGGCUUGCUUUUGGAAGUACUGUGUCUGA